AUUCAACGGCUGUCAAAUGUCGUUUAUAACCUUUACAUUUCCAAAUUUUGUUUUUUCAGAACAUAGGUAAACAUUGAACUUGCAGAAUAUUGAGACACGGUUUAAAAAAUGUAUCAAAAUGCUUGUGGAGCAGCAGCAGCUAGCGCUGGUGGGUGUGUUGAAACGGAGAAAGAAUGCCAUAGUUUGAUCUCCAAGGAACCCACUGUACCUGCCAUAGAACACGAUUAUAGUGGUUUCGAUAUAGUUAAAGCUACUCAGUAUGGAGCAUUCGUGAGGGUGAAAGAACUAGUAUUGGCAGGAUAUGAUGUUAAUGAGCGAGAUUGCGAGAAUGUCACCCUUCUACACUGGGCAGCCAUCAACAACAGAAAAGAGAUAAUGCACUUUUUGAUAGAAAAGGGUGCAGAUGUUGAUGCAGUUGGCGGUGAGUUGCAAGCAACACCUCUGCAUUGGGCAACCCGUCAAGGCCAUCUCACUGCUGCUGUGAUCUUGAUGAAUGCCGGUGCAGAUCCAACUCUAAGAGAUGCUGAAGGAUGUUCUUGUAUACAUUUAGCUGCACAAUUCGGACAUACUGCUUUGGUAGCAUACUUUGUUGCAAGAGGUGUUAGUCCAGAUCUUGUAGACAGAGUGGGUAUGACACCUUUAAUGUGGGCAGUAUGGAAAGUAUGUAGUUUGGACCCCACGAGGUUAUUAUUAACAUUGGGUGCAUCAACAAAUUUGACAGAUCAUCAAGGUAAUACUGCUCUACAUUGGGCAAUAUUGGCCAGAAAUACCACUGCUAUAUCAACCUUGAUUUUACAAGGACAUGCUGGCCUUCAUGCUCCCAAUAACAGAGGUGAAACACCAUUGUCGAUGUUGCAGUCUCAAAUUGGGUGUAUAUGGGUUAGUCAGAAAGUUACUGACAUCAUAAAGGAAAACUCUCACACAUCUAAUUCUAGAAAUUAUUUUAACAAGAUAACAAAGGAUAAGAGAAUGAGGUGGUGGUGUAUGGUGGGAACCCCUUUUAUGGCUUUCUACUUAGCAGGAGCAAUACUAAGCACAAACUUAAUAAUCCUAAUAAAAAUAUUUCUUCUAGUCUGCUUAUACAUAGUGAUACAUUACGUCGGCCAAUUGUUGUACGACGACAGGCUAAUGGCACUUUUACCGCUCAGUAUUUAUUUGUCGACGAAAGCAUGGUUUUACGUCACGUGGGUGAUAUAUAUUACACCCGUGACCCACAUUCUUCUGACCGUCUUCUUCCUUGCUAGCUCGGGGUUGCUGUGGUACUGCUUUUUGAAGUCGUGGCUCGGAGAUGCGGGAAUCGUUAGCACGUCCCAACAAUUGCAGUUCAGAACUAUAAUUGAAUUAGCUGAAAAAGGACCGGCAGGAUUUGAAUCGUCUUCGUUUUGUUCGGCUUGUUUGGUUAGGAGACCAUUGAGAUCAAAACAUUGUGCAGUAUGUAAUCGUUGUAUUGCAAGAUUUGACCAUCACUGUCCCUGGGUGGCGAACUGUAUAGGAGCAAAAAACCACAUGCACUUCAUAGGAUUCCUGGCAAGUUUGGUUUUAAUGUGCACUCAACUGCUGUACGGUUCAUUUAAAUAUUGGCAAAAUGCACCAAACUGCAAUAUAACUGACAAUGCAGAAAGUUUCUGGAAAACGAUAGUUACCAUAGGGCAGUGCAAUACAUGGGUUGCUUGGGUCGCACUCAAUGCUCUUUUCCAUUCCAUAUGGGUGUUCAUGUUGUUGAUAUGUCAGAUGUAUCAAAUCACCUGUUUAGGAAUGACUACAAAUGAGAGAAUGAACCGUGGUCGGUAUUCGCACUUUAUUGCUAAUGGGGGCAAAAGUCCGUUCACCAAAGGGCCCGUAUCGAACCUCAUCGAUUUCUUUGAUUGUUCGUGUUUCGGCAUGAUCAAACCAGAGUCGAAGGACUGGUUGACAAGUUAUGAUAUCGAUAAGAAUAUCGAGCAUCAGCCUCUUUUGAGGCACAAGGACAAUUUCCAAUACGUAUGAAUUUACAUUUCCAGAGAGUUGACUGAUUUUAGGAAAUGGAGGAUACCAUGAAUACCUCUUCAAUUUAAGCUGAAUAGAUGUACAUUUUGAAUUUUUCACAAGGAAAAGUAGCGAAGAAUUGAAGCUGAUAUUCUCUAUUUACUAAGCUAAUUUUUAUAGUGCGUUGUGAUUGGAUUUUUUCAUAAUUUUUGUAAAUUUUUUUUAUCGCUAAAUGAAUGUGAUUUGAUACAAAAAAGUAGAGGUGAACCUUUAGGAUUCGACUGGUUCUUUGUGAACGAACUUCUGUUGUAAAGUAUUUUUUUGUGAUGCCACUUAUUGAGUCAUUCAGAAAAAAACUUGAGCGAUUGUUAGUUGUUUGUUAAGUUUUUAUUUAUAUAUUAUUUCUAGCGAAAAUAUUUUUAUAUAUUUUCAUUUUUAGUGAUGUCUGAAAUGUGUGGAUUUACUAAAAUUUCUCAAUUCAAUUCAAAAUAAUACAUAUAUCAGAUAUUAUAAAAAUCGCCUUAAUGUGUUUAAUAUCGAUGUGAAAAAUUGUUUUUACAAGCAAUGUUGAUGUAGAUAAAAAUUAUAUAAAUGAAAUGAAUAAAAAUGCACAUCAAAUUCAAAUAUCUAUUUAUACCACUAAAAUAUUCAAUUGCUCGGCCCACAGGCAGGAAAAUAUUUGUGCAAAUAUUGUUGCAAUGACCAUUUUUUCACCAUUUUUUCCCAUUAUGUUCCACAAAAAGUGUGUAUUUAAAAUUACGAAAUUAUUGUGUGUUAUUGCUUAAGAUUUUUUUUCUAGUCAAAUACAUCAUACUUAAUAUUUAUUAUA